AUGAAUAUGGCAAUAUUAAAUAUUAUUCCUCCAAUUGUAUCGAUGGAUAUUAUUAUUAUGAUGGAUACUGCUAUUGUAAUUUAGAUCAUUAUAAUUAUUUAAGAUAUUCAUCCUUGUAGUGACGCUUAUCAUGAUUCUAUUUCUAGCUACACUUGCAGAUCUUGCUCAUAAGGCUAUAUUCUAAAAAAAGUGUAUACAUAGUACAAUGUAUAUCGUUGUUUUUAAUUGGAUUGGAAUUGCGGCUUCUCAAGUUAAUCAAUGUUAAUUAAUUAUCAAAGUGGUGGAUAAAUAUAUUAUUAUACAACAUGUACUUUAUGCGAUCCAGGAUUUUUGUAUAACAAGCAAUCGAAAAAAUGUGAAACCAUAAUAUCGAAAUAUUAAAUAAAAUAUUGUAUUUUAUUGGAUUCUUAAGGAAUUAAUUGUAUAGCUUGUUAGGCAUAGUAUGCUUUACAAUCAGAUGGCACAUGUAAAUAAAUAAUAGGAUACUGUAAUUCAAGUUGUUCUACCUGCUUGGAAACUAAUCUAAAUUAUUGUACCUCUUGCAUUGGUUGGGAGAAUAGAAUUGCAAUAGAUGGUAUCUGUGUGUGUAAACCAUACCAUGGUUUGAUAUAAGAAAUGUGCACACCUUGCUCAGAUGGCUAUUGUUUUGAUUGCGAAGAUAAUGAUUUUUAUUCCUGUAUUUCAUGUAAACCAGGAUCAAAUAGGAUUUUAGUGAAUACAGAAUGUAUUUGUUAACCUCGAUCAUAUGAUCCUGGGAACCUUGAUCAAAAAUGCAUCGUUUGUGAUAUAUCUUGUCAAAAAUGUAAUGGUCCAUCAUAUGCAGACUGUACUGAAUGUAUAGAGGAAAGCUAUUCAAACAGAGUUCAAAAUGCGAAUUUAUGUCCUUGCAAAACUGGAUAUGGCGAGUUUGCAAUUAGAGAAGCAUAAUGUGGAAAAUGCCAUCCAAAAUGUGAAACAUGUUUUCAAGCUGCUGAUGAUACUGAUAAUCAAUAUUGUCUCACAUGUAUACCUGGAUAAAAUCGUGAGGUUUCUGAAAAUUUUUAUUGUGAUUGCAAAGAAAAUUAUGGGGAUUUUGGAAUUUUGGUAGUUUGUGCACGUAUUUUCAUAAAUUAGACUUAGUUUGUCAUUAUACAUGUGGAACUUGUAAUGGGGUUGAAUCUACAAAUUGUACACAAUGCUUAAUUAGGUCGAAUAGAGAAUUAACAACUUUAGGAGAAUGCUUGUGUAAAUAAUCAUAUUAUGAUGAUAAUACAGAUAAUAUAGAAUGUUAAAGGUGUCAUAAUUCAUGUCUUUCAUGUGCAAACAGUACUGAAAAGGAUGCAUGUUUAGAAUGUCCAUCGAGUAGGACAUCUAUUUAAUCAGGUAGUUUCUUUGGAAUGCAUCUGUACUGCACCUAAUGCUUUUGAUGACGGAUUUUCAUUAGAAUGCCAAUAAUGUGAUGAAACUUGUAAACCUUGUGAAAGCCCUAUUUCUUCCAAACUGUCUGAACAUGCGACACACAAUAUAGGUAGUAUGAUUUAUCAUCAUGUGUUUGUCCUCCUGGAUAUUACGAUAUUGGAUAAUUAGAAUGUGCAAAAUGCCACUUUUCUUGUUACAACUGUUUCGAUGAGAAGGUAGAUAGUUGCAUUUUUUGUUCAUUGGAGUUUAGCUUUAGAAUAAUAAAAGGCAAUAUUUGUAAAUGUAUUGAUGGAUAUUAUGAAGAACCAGGAAUUUCUUAGUGUUAAAAAUGCUCAUAUAAAUGUGAAAAAUGCGAAAUAUUACCAGAGUAAUGUUUGA